AUGGUCAGAUACGCUAAGGACAAACCUGCAGGCUUCACCAACGCCAUUGAGAGAGUUGCAAUCGUGGGCGCCGGCGGUACAAUCGGCUCUCAUAUCGCCAACGCCCUUCUCCAAUCCGGCAAACACACCGUAACUGCCUUGACUCGCAAAGGAAGCACCAAUGACCUCCCUGAUGGCCUUCUCGUCACCCCAAUCGAUUACAACGACGAAUUAACUCUUAUCGCUGCCCUGCACAACCAGCAAUUCCUCAUCAUAACCAUGGCUCCCAAUGCUCCCAAGGACACGCAUAGUAAACUCGUUCAAGCAGCCGCCAAAGCAGGUGUACCCUACAUCAUGCCCAAUGGGUACGCCGGCGAUAUCGAGCAGGUCAAGCUCGGCGAGGAUACCAUCCUUGGCCCGAUCGCGAAAGCGAACAGAGAUGAGAUCGAAAGGCUUGGUAUGAUGUGGAUCACUGUUUGUUGCGGAUUCUGGUUCGACUAUAGUCUUGCCGGCGGUGAGAAUCGUUUUGGGUUUGACUUUGAUAAGAAGUCACUUACGCUUUAUGAUGAUGGGAGUGUGAAGAACUCGACUUCUACUCUUGCGCAGGUUGGAAGGGCUGUCGCCAAGGUUUUGAGCUUGAAGGAACUCCCUGAUGAUGAGAACGACGAGAGCCUCACACUUUCUAGGUUCUUGAACCGGGCGAUUUACUUGAACAGCUUUGUCGUCAGCCAGCGAGACUUGUUUGAAAGCGUCAAGCGUGUUACUGGUACUUCUGACUCAGACUGGACUGUUACUCAUGAGUCGAGCAAGAAGAGGUAUGAGGAGGGUAUGGCGCAGGUUAAGCGAGGAGACAUGAGUGGAUUCAGCAAGUUGCUCUAUGCCAGGGCGUUCUUCCCGGGGGAUCCGAGCAAUCUGUCUACUAAGUCACAGAACAGGUUGCUUAGCUUGCCAGAAGAGGAUUUGGAUGAAGCUACGAAGGAUGGUAUUGCGUUGGUUGAGGUUCUGAAGGGUCGUGGUGAGCGCAUGAAGCAUUAG